CGUUCGCUUUUGCCAUCACUACAUUUGUGUUUUGAUUUUUAAACUUCGCUGUUUUCAAAUUUUGCCCCCAUCAAUUCCAAUUGUUUGUCAAUAAAAGCAUGUGCGAAAAGGUAACCGCGCGCUGCACUUGGCCCCAACUGGCGGGCAACGGCCUGGACCAACUGGUGGCCACCCGCUUGUCCGACGAAGACGUCUUUGUGAAGCCCGACUUGGACGACGUAAUCAACGAGGAUCGCGCCGUGCUGUUUUCCAUGCAGUCGGCGGAUCCGCCUCCGCCGCCUUGUGAGCUAAGGUUUCAGAUCCCGAUCCGCUUCAAAAUCGCCGCGCUCACCCUGAUUUGCAGUGCACCCAAGGUGGAGCUGUUCAUUGGAGCCUUGCAGGAGUACUGCGAGACCAUCUACGGCACUUGCGUCGAGGAGGAGGACCCAGAGGUUACGGUGCGACCCUACCGCUAUGACAUGGAAAUCGACCGAUCCGGCAUUAAUGACAUAAACCUGAAGAUGCUCACCUCGGCCAGCGAGAUCUGUGUUUACGGAGCCCUGCUCCAGGUAGCCCCAAAUCCCAACGGCAUCACCACCCAGAUGCCCAGGCCAAUGGAUCCGCAGAGAAUCCAGGAGCUGCUGCAAAGAGGCGGCACGAGUCCUCUGAACAAGCAGGAGCAGGCCGAAAAGUUCGAGCAGUUCAUGAGCCUGAUGAAGGGCUAUUCCCCGCAGGCGAAGGAGAAACCCCAGGAGGCUGCAGCUCCUUCCAGCGAUGUCGCAAUCCUCAAGGAGCACAUCGACAUGAGAUUCGAGAAGCUGACGCAGUUGGUGGCCAAGAGACUGGACAAUUUCGAGGCCCAGCAAACGGAGAAGCUUAACAAAAUUAUUGCCUUGCUGGAAAAGGAAAAAUAAGUAAUAUUCCAUUAAUUUGCUCAUCUGUAAUUUCUUGCUAACCAUUCAUCAUUGUAAUUUGUAAUUGUUGUAAAAGACUGUUGGUGCGAAUAUUUCCAAUGUGAUUAGAC